CGACGGUGGCUUUCAUGGAGCGCGUACGCGGCGGAUUGUAAACGAUAUACACGGUGCGAGGCCGAGCGGACCACUCACACGGACGGGCGCGCUUUCUCUCCCUCCUUUCACUCUUUCUCUCUCUUUCUCUCUGUCUCCAUCCCCCCUCUCUCUCUCUCUCUUUCUCUCUCUCGUCUCCUCCGUCUGUCGCUCCGCGAUCGCGGACGGUACGACGCACGCUCCCUUUCUUGACGUAUCCCCGCCGCGGCCGCCGGAGAUCCUCAGUCUCGCGGUAAAGGACGUCGCGCGAGCUUCAGAGUAUCAGGGCGUCUGAGAGGAAGAGGACAUAAAGAUGGCAGAGGACAAGAACGAGACCAGUCCGAGCGCCGAGGGCGAGAAGCCGCCGCAGGAGACGGCGGCGGCGUCACCGCCGGCCAAGGAAGAGCCCAAGGAUCGUAAGGAGGACGAGAAGAAGGUCGAGGAGAAUGGCGAGGGCGAGAAGCCGAAGGAGAACGGCGAGGAGAAGACCACGCCGGAGCCGAAGGAUAUGCGGGCGAUCGUGCUCAACGGUUUCGGCGGCCUGAAGAGUGUCAAGGCCCUGAGGAAGCCGGAGCCCGCCCUCGGCGAGGGAGAGGUCCUUAUACGCGUCAAAGCCUGCGGAUUAAACUUCCAGGAUUUGAUGGCCAGGCAGGGCGCGAUCGACUCGCCCCCGAAGACCCCGUUCAUCAUGGGCUCGGAGUGCGCGGGUGACAUUGAGCAAGUCGGCGAGGGGGUCGAGAAUUUCAAAGUGGGCGAUAGGGUGGUCGCGCUUCCCGAUCACAAAGCGUGGGCGGAGCUGGUCGCCGUGCCGGCGACAUCCGUUUUCGCGCUACCGCCCGGGAUGAGCUACCUCGACGCGGCCGCCAUCACCAUGAAUUACACCGUAGCUUACAUUCUGCUCUUCGAGCUGGCCCAUCUCACGCCCGGCAAGAGCCUACUGCUUCACAGCGCCGGCGGCGGUGUGGGUCAAGCGGUGGUGCAGCUCGCGAAAACCGUGAAGGACGUAACCAUCUUCGGCGUGUGCAGCAAAUCCAAGCACGAGGCCCUAAAAAAUGCCGGGAUUAUCGACCAUCUUCUGGAACGCGGCGCGGACUACAGCAAUGAAGUCAGAAAAAUCUCACCGGAAGGCGUGGACAUCGUCUUAGACUGUCUAUGCGGCGAAGAAUGUAACAAGGGCUACGCCCUCUUGAAGCCAAUGGGCAAGUACAUUCUUUAUGGAUCCAGCAACGUCGUCACCGGAGAAACUAAGAGCUUCUUUUCCGCAGCACGAUCAUGGUGGCAAGUCGAUAAAGUUUCGCCCAUAAAGCUGUUCGACGAAAACAAGACAUUGGCCGGCUUGAAUCUACGCCACUUGAUGCACCAGCACGGUAGUCACGCGUUUGUUCGACGGGCGGUGAAUCAAGUGUACACACUGUGGAGCGAGGGCAAAAUCAAGCCAACGGUCGAUUCAACAUGGGCGCUGGAGGAUGUGCCCGAGGCCAUGCAAAAAAUGCACGAUCGCAAGAACAUCGGUAAGAUCGUGCUGGAUCCGAGUCUGGAGCCGAAGCCCAAACCAGCUACGCCGGCUAAGGGCAAAGCGAAAGACAAGAAGGCCGCGAAUCAGGAGGAGAAAAAGGCGUCUAGCGUAGAGUCGGAGGAAGGGGAGAAGAAGAAGGAGCCCGAGUUGACAAACGGUACCUCAGAAGACAAAUCUGAUAGCGAUUCGAAAGAGAAGGAAUCUAGCUGAAUUAGCGGUAGUAACUAAUCCUAUAAGAACAAAGAAAUGAUACCCGCAAACAUCAAGAAUUCCCAGGAAAAAUACUAUUGCUGAGAGAUCCAUCGCUGUUAUCCGAGAGAACGAUAAAUCUGACUUGAGAAAUCCACGAAUGGUAUCGCGUAGAAUUUACAUGCAGAUGAUGAGAGAACUGUGUAAUUCAUAUCGUAUGAUCUAAUAAUAUAAUAGGGGGAAAGGUAAUCUCUCUCCUUCAAGUUGUUACUUGUGGAAUUCAAUUUCGCGAGUAACUGAUCGCUUGCACUGUAAGCUAUACACUGCUUUCCUUUUACGUCGAAACGUAUGUCCCUCCCUUUGUCAUCUGCAUGUACCUAUUCUACUUACAUUUUUGCGCCGAGAUUAAGCGUUCAUGGCGAGUUACGAGAGAAGGAGUAUCAACCGGCAUGAGGACGAGAGAAUCAACCAAAUAGAAGUAACAAUCUUGAUGCGGUCCACAGUAGUUUACAGAAUAUAAGAACGUUAUGUUUAUUUUUUCACACCGACCAAAUGGUUAAUUUUGCGAGGAGUUAAGUAAACAACUGUUGGAUACCAGAUAGUUAUUAGGCGACUCUUUUUUUUUAUUACCGUUAUUGUCAUCUCAUUUUAGGAAAUGGUAACAAACCUUUCCGUACUUAUCAUGAAGACGACGUAACAGAAACGCUGAGCAGAUUAAUAAUUGUGAGUUGUCCAACAGCUAUCUACUUGGCUCUAUCUAUUUGUAUCGAAGUACUAUUCGCUGCUAUUAUGAUAUAUAUAUAUACUAACAAUCUCUUACAUUAAUAUAAUAUUACCUCUAUUUGUAAUUUAAUGGGAUAAAAUAACAUAUUGCGCUAGAGAGUUUCCGUGGAGAAGAGCUAAACGCGGGGCUGCAUUACUUUCGUAUGUAAAUUUUAUGUAUUAGAAGAUGUUUUUACGCCACCUUAUUAUUCAUCGUGAUGCUUUUGUCACGGUGAAAUAUCCUUUUAAAUUUUAAUGAUAUAGUCAUGAAAGUCAAGAGUAAUAUUUAGCAUUACAUAUAUGGGGCAUUUCGCUGGAAUUUAGACACUCUUUUUUCAUACUCUUUCAUACUUUGUAGUUCCUUAUGUAUAAUUAAUUGUAGACUUGAAGAUUUCCCUAUUGAAAAAAUUGAAAGGUAAAAAAAAAGAUUACAAAGUGUCUAAAUGUAACUGCCUGAAAGCUCAUUGCAGUCGGUAUUUUUCUAUAAUCGGGAUUCUAUCUCUUUCUUCAAAUCACUGAUAUGUACUGAUCUCUCUGCAACGAUAUAUCAACGAGAUACUUACAAGACAUUUCGAUUAAGUUUUUGGAAAUCCGACGCAAUGCAAAUUUAACGAUAAAUUCGUUGAGGUUUACCAUACGCUAAAAAGUUUGGAUAAUAUCGGUCGAUAUAAUAUCCAAUCUCUGAAUAUAACUGAUAUAUAACAUGAAUUAAUUAAGCGAAAAAAAAUGUAAUUAGACUGACUUAUUGUGGCUUGAAAUUGUAAAAGCCUGAUAGAGACAUUGCUCGGCACAGAAGUGCUUUCAGAAUUAUCUUAGCGAAUGUUGGCGUACUCUUAUUUCUGCGUGAAAGAGAGACUUUCAAAUCAGUUUCAACGAGAGGAACACCGAGCGUACGUGCUCGUACAAUACGCAUGUCUCGUCGUUUUUUAUUCAGAUUAUACGAAUUGAUAAUGUAUUUUAAAGACUCCGAGUAACUUUUUAUCGUUUAAAUGAAAUUUUAUAAACAUUUUAAUGACGUUGCAUCAACAUGUGUACAUGAAGAGUAAUUUAAUGAAUUAGCAUCGUAGAGUAUAUCGCUCUUUUUUUUUUGUACGAGAAGGAACGACAGUCUAAAGUACGCAAAGGCCUCAUUUUUUUAAUUAUCGCAUACAUUUUAUUGUCGCGUGAAUGCAGUUGUGAACGCCGAACGCGUGACUGCAGUUCGACAGAGUUGUGUUAAAAUCCGCAUUGCGGAUUUUUUUUUUCCCCUCGACUUUCGAGCCUUCGAGUUGUUUUUCGACCGGCCGUGAUAUAUUAUGCGAUGUAUCGUAGGCCGUUCUGCGCGAAUAAACAGUGAAAAGGACGCGUUACUAACGGUGAUCUGUUGAACGAGAAGGUUUCGUAGUAAUAUAAACGAAAGAUUAAGGAUCCUCGUGAGUCUCGAGGAGGUAAAGCGAAAGGAAGGAGGUGGAGGAGGAAGACAAAAAAAAAAGAAAAAGAUCUCGAGGGCGUGUCCUCGACGGAACGCGGCUCGGUGGAGGAGCUGGCCGAAUGCAGAACAAAGUGUGCAUAUCUCUCCGGAACGUUGGAACAAUUUUGAUGUAGCCGAUUUCGUUAGGAUUUGAUACUAGCUCUGUAUACCGAUAUCUAUAUUAUACAAAUCACUAUGCGAGAUGAAAAAAAGAAACGAGUCACGCGGACGAGGGGGAAGGUAUGUGUCGGACGAUAUCCCGCGCGCCUGUCCUCGAGAGGCGAUCUCGGGCUGAGGCGCGCGUAAGCGCCAAGAAUUAUAACUGCCGUAUCGAAUCUCUCGGUCCAAAGGUUAUACAUAAAUACUAAUCCCUUGCUCGUCGAGAAAAAAAAACGUAUCAGUCUGAAAAAGAAAAAGACAAAAAAAGUAUGGAAAAAAAACUGCGAAAAAAACAUGGUAAAUGUGGCUGCAUAUUUUGAGACAUCUUUUAAACACGUAAACGAUAACACACGAUAAUCCCACACGAGGCGAAAACUCGAGUACACGAGUACACGCUCACACACGGAAAUACGAACGACACCACACAUGAUACUGUAUAUUUUAUUGUAAGGCUUUAAAUGUUUCAUCAAAUAACUCUAUUAUAUUAUAAUAUAUCUAUAUAUUUGUAUCGAUCGUUUCCUCCUGCCCUGAUUACUCUUUUUUUUUUUCUUUCUUUACUUGGGUCCGAACGUCAGGAUAAGAGUCCGGGAUUUGUGCGAGCUAGAUGUUACACGUGGGAUCGGAUGCGUGGGCUUUGAAUUUAAAGCGUAGAUCGAUUGGCGCGAGGAAAUGUCAUUUCGGGAUAGUCAGUAACAUUAAUCAAACGGCCAAAUCUUUUACGUACAACUGCCAUAAAAAAAAUUGCGUUUCCAGAGACGUUUUGCGCUUCUCUUGAUUGAUGGGCGACCACGUGAAUAUAUUUCAUUCAAUAUUUUCCGUAGAGCGAGUAGUAUAUGGCUAGUGUAUUCUCAGUUACGUCUCCUCAGAUGAAAGACGAGAUAUUUCAAAUAUAUACUGUGUGAUUAACUGCCUUUGACGAAGACCGAGCUCAUUAUGUUGAUUUAUAUCGAUCAUUAGUGUAUUUGAUCGCCGUAACUCUGGAAACUGCUUAAAGCGAAUCUAGAAGCGGAUGAAGAAUCAUGUGCUAUCCUCCCUUUGAUAUCAUAGCGCGUCUUGUAACUGCGAAACGUUACUUCGAAAGUGUGUUUCAAUUAGGAGCGUAAAAUUUACAUAAGAACAUUAUGUUGCGGGAAUGUUUUUAUCAAUCGAAUUUCUAGAUAUUUUAUAAAAUUAUAUAUUUAAUGUGUUACACUUUUGUGAUGCACAUUCAUAUUAAUAUUGUCCGACUGGGUCUUUUAUAGUAAAUUUUAUGAGUCGAAUGAAUUCGAGGUCUUUUAAACAGCGAGACAAUUUAAACUCGUAAAUUGUCGUUCUCUGAAACACGUUCGAUAGUUUUAAGAAUUGAAUAUCGUGAUUGUUUGCGCACGAAUCAAGCGAUAUAAUCCCGCUCAUUAAUGCCGAAGCCAACUGUGUAAACAUUAUAAAUCAUCGUCAAGAAGGGAAGUUAUUCGCAGUUGCUGCAAAGAAAAGGGGAUACGCAGCGGGAAUCAGUUUUAAAGCUUCAGCGCUCGAUUUUCUGCCGUUGGAAAGGGCAGUUUCACUCUCGUCUCAAGGCUACGACCAUUCCGUUUGGCGCGAUAGAAAGCUAGAAAGAGGAAAGGAAGUUGAGAAUGUUGUACGUCUUAUUAGUUAUGCGAAACCGUGUCGUUGGGAGAGCAGGACCUACAAUUUCGCGAACGUGAUACAUUAUGAUUGUGUAAAAUUGUAAAAUUUGCCGAGGGGUCCGGGCGAAAGCGACGCGCUUUUUCCGGCUGUGAGACCCUCGGGUCGCGACCAGCCUCGCCGAGGCCGCCUCACGAAGGAAGGAAAAGGAUACCUUCGCCCGCUCCCCGUCAAGCUUGAUAUAUAGAUUGUAUUUUUGGCUUAUUACUGUAAGACUGACUAUGUUGCUAUAUUAAAGAUUGCUUCAAAAACAG